UCAAGCACAGAAACAUGAAAGAAUGUUUCGCUUUUAAUUCUUUUUUCAGGCAUUAUAUCAUAGAGAAGAGCGGGAACACCAUAUCAUGGCAUCUUGGUAAAUCUUGUUCGAUCGAAUGGGUGAAAUCGCGAUUGAGGAACUGUCCUUAAGCGCGGGCUUCGAACACAGCUGGUAUACGUAUCUUCUAUCUGUUGCUCUUGUAGAUGCCGAGAACAAUGCUGCUUUAAGCACCGUCUUCGCAAACUUAAAACCUGACGUACAGUUUUGAGCGAAGAAAUAAGUGUGCGUGUCAAUCUUCUCUGAGAAAGAAAUGCUAACACUAAAAUAUGUGGCCUACGGUUAUUUGUCCUCGUAAGCGAGCUUGCGCUAAUUCCGCCGCUCACGUUUGCGUCGUAGAAGUCUACAGAUCCUUCAGCAACAUCCAGACACCCAAUAAUAGAGACCCGUAGAGCCUCACUGCGCAAACUUACUGUGACAAACAUAAUUUUUCAUUGAGCGUGCAAUAUUUGUUGCGGGCCAACUCGCCAUAUGGUCUGGCCAGGUCUGGCCACGAAUACCAGGCGUACCAGACGACACGCGCCACUCAGCACCGUUAGUGGCUUUACGUUCUACGGACCGCAGCGACACUUUCGCGUCAUGAUGCGGAGAAAUGGUGAAGUACUCUCUAGACGGGUCGGUCGGUGCACAUAUUCAUCUAGCCACCAAAACUGCGUCUCGGCAGCCUCGGCGCGAAGUUUCGGUGAGCUACUUUAGUUGACGCUAGUAGGGCACGUUUUAUUGACAGUAAACAUUUUCGGUGCCCACGUCUGGACGCCAACGAACGCAACGAUUUUAUCACUUCUGCUCGGAGUCCCUUGCGUGCGUGCCCCGUAGCAACCAACUUUCCGUUGUGCUAGCGUGAGUCUCGUUUAAGUUUAGACUUGGUUCAACCUUGAGAAGUGAUUUCGGUGCCAGACGGUGAAUUGCGAAGCAAUGGACGCACCCAGGGCGACCACAGAAACUGCGCGGUCGCUUAUAAAUGCCGAGCUUGCCGCAAUAGCGUUCGCUAACGAAGAAGUCCGCGCCGCAGAACACCAACAAAUAUGGCUUCAAGAACGACUGAAAAAGGCCAAAUCGGAGGUGUUGAUCUAUCGAGAGGCGGUGAAAAAUGACGAAGCAGCUGUGAAAGCCCAGCAAGACAAUGUGAAAACCAAGGAAGCGUACGUGAAGUCGCUGAAACAAAUGAACAAGCCGUUGAGGGAAAAGGCUAGUGCCAUGGAGAAGCAGCUCGACGAAGAGUUGAAAAGGUCAACCGACCUAGAUGCGGAGCUGGAGAAGCACAAGAAACGUGUUGACGCGAUGUUUCGGCAUACAAAAAAGCUGGAGGAAAAAGUGAAACGCCCUUAUGACAUUCCGAACCUGGAAAAGCGAGUCGCGGAGCUGCAGGAAGAAUGCAAAUCGAAGGAAGCAGCUGAGCGUGCCAUUGAUGAGGAACUGCAAAAGGCGCGCUCAAAGAAACAGAGGUCUGCUCAAGAUGAACUCAAUGCAUUCAUUAUUGGGCUCGCCAAGCUUAAGGUCGACGGCGCAACUAAAGAAAAGCAAGUACAAGAGUUGCAAGACGAAAUCCAACAGUUGGAGUCCACGAAGGCAGCACUUACUCAGGGCAAGUUACAUACACAAGCAAGGGACAACACUUCUGGAAAGACUCGGACAUUGCAGCUUUAUCCUGUCGUCAAGACUCCUCAGAACAAGUCCUGUUCAGUGUCAUUUGAUGCAUCAACUUCAUUCCAUUUUGAAACACAUGCCAUUCCAAGUACCAAGAACCAGAGCAUCUUAACGGAAGCCCCUUCAAGGCUAGAGAAAGGACCACCGCUUCGAAGUGCCGCUCCAAGCAUGUCACCGCUAUUGAUGCCGCCACCAAGUAGCGCUGUGGCACGAUCAAGGCCUGCCUCCGGAGGCCCUAAGCUUGAUCCUUUGACGCUCUUAAGUGAACUACAACUGCUGCUUGAGUCCGCUCCUGCUCCCAAGCCUCCAGCUCAGAGACGACCUGUGUCGUCCACUUCUGCAGAUUUCGGCACAUUUGCUCCUCCUCGCAAGCAGCCACGAAUCGAUGAUGGUAGUGCUUCAUCAUCUACACCGGCUCUCAAACCACCACGUCAACGCCCUCACAUUUCUCCCAGUGAGAGAACCUCACCCUCUCUGGCAGCUAGAGCCACUCCUGUGCCACCUGGUGCCCAGCAUGAAAUUUCCUCUGCACCUGCUCAAGCCACUCCUUCCAAGCCUGCAGCUGCUAAUACUGCCUUACCCUCUGGCAAGCAAGCCUUUCCACGAACACUACGAGAAAAACACCCUAUCCCUGCUUCUCCAACGGACCGCUGUGCUCCCGCACCAAAUGAUCACAAGCUUCCCGGACAUGGAAGACAGCAAGACGAACAAACCCUCCAUGGAACUCGGGUUUCUCAGCCUCCAGCUCGUCAGCAUUUUCUGGAACAGUUGUCUACAGCUCGUCCUUCCAGCACGGCACAAAGACAAGCUCUUCCGCAGUCCUUGGCCAUGUCAUCGUCUCAGUGGAGCAGAGAACCGGUGGAAGAGAGACUCUUUUGCGCAGCUCAGCCUGAACACCCUCCAGAUGACCAGCGUGUUGUGGAAAAAAUGCCCCUGCCUAGUCCUUCCAACAUGGCACCAAGAGAGCCUGCAGAGUCCACAACCAUGCCAGCUAAAUGGAUCGCGGCAUUGCAAGAGCAGCAAUCCCACCACACAGCUCACUUUGCGAAGCCUGCAAGUUUCCAGCAGGAACGAUUGGGCCUUCCUGGUCCUACCCAAACAACACAGAGACAGGCACCUCCACAUCCCUCAACUGCAUUAUCCGAAGCGAGCAGGGGACGCCAGGAGCGGCAGGGAGGCUGUGCAGCUGAGCUUGCACAGCAUCUCAAACAAGGGCACAUGCUGGAACAAACACCCACAGUCGGUGCUUCUCACGUGGGACAAAAACGGGUAGCACAGUCCCCAGUUGCAUCAGCUGAAUGGAAUUCUCUUGAUAUGCAGUCUCCCGAACAAGGGGAAAUGCCAAAGCGUGUGGAUAGUCAAAGUCCGAAGGAGAGUCCGUCACAGUCCGAGUUUUCCUUUGGUGCCGCAGCACCGAGUCCUGGAGCCAGUGUUGAAGACGGUGGUUUCACUUUGUUUGGUGAAGAUGACGAUUCUGGAGAAGGCGGCUUCCUUUCCAUGGCUGGGGCAGCCGACUCAGCACCUAGGUUCACUUUCUGAGCCUCUUUGGUGCAGUUCAGCAUUGUGCCGAGAUUUGGCCCUAGAAGAUAGAAUGUGUGCAUACGAAUUACCUCAUGUUCUUAAUGACUGUUCCCACCAGGUUUACGUUGGGAGAUUGUCACUGUCUUCAAAAGAUAGAGGACAUUUUCUUAACAUCCUUGUUCACUUCCUUAAUAUUAUGCACAUUUCAGCGUUUUACCAAAGAGACUUUCAUAGACUAGUUACCUUGUGAUCUUAAUGUUAGUUCCCAUCAAAUUUGCAUUGGGAUAUCUUUAUUGUCUUCAAGGCUGGAGGACAUUUUGUUAACAUUCUGCUUCGUUUUUUUAAACUUUUAUGUGCAGUUCAGCAUUGUAUUAAAAACCAACACUGUAAGAUAAACUUGCAUACACUAACUACUACAUGUUUUAAAUGACGGCUCCCACCAUGUUUAAUUUUAGAGGUCUUGAAAAAUUACAAGACAUUAACAUUAUCCUGGGAUGAAUGUUGUUUGUGCCUGCUAGUCUUAAAAGAUCCUACUUUGCAGCAGCCUUCUACAAAAGCCAGGCACCUCGUAUAAGUGCAUAAAUGUAGCUAUGAACACUGUUGCUAGCUUUCAACAGUCCAGUCUAGAAAGCUUAAACAUGAAUUGACUUGUGGGUUUUAAUAUAAACUUUACCAAUACUGUGUAUUUAGAUGUUUUUGUUGCACACCACAAAGUUCAUGAAUGUGAUACUAUUAUGUAAUCAAGUGUUUCAAUAAAAUCUUUAAAGC